AUACCUCUCUCCUACUCUCUGCCGCUGUAAAGAGGAUUCCCGGAGCGACCAUAACUCGUGUAGUUUCUCCAGAGAAGACACUUGAUUGCGCGGUCACCAUCGAAUGUCCAUGAUGGCUACAGCAACACCUGACUCUGAUGAACAUGUUUUACGAAGGGUACAGUCUACUGGUGAUCUUCCAAGCAAUCCUGCGGCUUCACGACCAAGCCGUGCGUCUGAUGGCUCGACCCGUUCGGAGGGCCAGGUUUCCCGACUGUUGCGAGCUAUGGGCCCUGAUCAGACCCUUCCACGACUCGACCCAACGACUUCGCCAUCAUCCACAGAGGAAUCCGAGAGCGGUCAUACACGAGUGCAGGUCCCGGCAUCUCGUCCACCGUCUCGUCCGCCUUCGGUACGCAGACCAGACGAGGACAGAAGACCAGAGGACAGAUAUCGUUCUCUCCCGGACAGAUUAAUGGAGCUUAUAGGAUUCUCUGGGCCACAUGCGAAGGAGCGGAGGGAGCUAAUGUCACUCGUUUGGAACAUCUACUUUACUAUAGCUCAGUUCGUGAUCAUUAUCACCCUGCUGGCGUACUCCGCCCACACUGAGAGCCCCACGAAGCCUGGUCUGACUGAGUGGCAAGCAUGUGACAGGCCCCUAGGCGUAUGGAACGCUAUCUGGCUGAUAAGAGUCGCGCUGGGAUGUACCUUGUCCGUCUGGUCUUGGAGAAAAGAACAGGCUGCUAGGUUGCUUCAGGCGCAGAGGGAAAGAGAUGAAGAUCGAGAAAUGUCUUCUUCGCAUGCUCGUCCUGCAGCAGCAGCAGCUUUGAGGCCAAAUACAAGCAAUGGCAACAGUCCGGCCACUUUCGAUCCUGAUCCUCCUGCUAACUUCAGACGCACACUGUUAUAUUCCCGGUUAACCUUACUGGCAACAUUCUUUUCCUUAGCAUGGUUUCUGACCGCCCACAUUCUCGAAUAUACCAGCAUCGAUACUUGCAGGUACUCUUCGCCUCAUCUAUGGUGGCUGACAUUCGGUAUCUUGUGCAUUCUCUACGUCAUGAUCAUGGAAAUCUUCCUGUUGGGUCUGCUUGUCUUCGUCUUCGGUCCUGUAAUCUACUUACUAUGGAGCAUUCUGCUACUAUGUCUGGGUCGACAUCCGCUGCAAAGCUCUCAACAAGUUGAUAAGCUGCCCAAGUCCGCGGUCGAACAGAUCCCUCUCGUGCUGUACAUCCCGCCUCCACCAGAAGACCAAUCCAGCGACGACGGUCCCAGCAAGCCGACACCGAUCACACCAUCGAAACAUUCAUACCCUCCUAAACCCGCCAAUGCCUUCACGAGGCCGAAGCGUCGCUUCACGUUUAUGCGUAAGCGGAAGGGCAAGGGCAAGGGCGGAGUCACGGGAGGUAGCCUAGACGAGAAGGGCGGAGGCAGUACUGGAGAACACGCUAGUGCCGGCACAGAUUCGGAGAAGCAGGCCUGGGAGGACAAAUGGGAGCCGGGCGAUUACCCAUUCGUGAGGCUGGAGGGCAACCGCGCCGUAUGUGCAAUCUGUUUGAUGGACUUUGAGGAGCCAAGGAGGAUCGAUGAGGGCGAGGAGAGGAACGUGGCGGAAGCGGUCGCGGUCGCGGUCCCAGCGCCUCGUAGCGCUGCUGUAAGUGAGUCGGAUAUUCUGGCUGAGGGCGCGAUCCCAGGAGGAUUCCUGGGAGGGGACGCCUGGCAGGAGGUGCAAGUUGAGCGUGUGUCUCAGGAAGAGAGGGAUCAUCUCAAGCUGGAUGAUGCAGGCGAAGGACCACAGCCGUUGCGACUGCUGGGUUGCGGACACGUUUUCCAUCAAACCUGUGUGGACCCCUGGCUGACCGACGUCUCCGGACGAUGUCCCAUCUGCCAGCGUCCGGUUGAGAUUCCCAAGGAUGCUGGAAAGAAGAAGAACCGUGCUCGGCGGACAUGAUAACACGCAGCAUGUUCUGUCAUCUCGGUUUACCUCCUCUUGCUGGCCAUGUCGUUCGUCUAUUUUAUUCGGUGUCGUGCAUUCCGUUUCUUUAUGCCUCGGUCGUUGCUCCCCUUGUUGUCGAUAAUAAUCACUCU